AUGAUUUACGUAAAAGGGUCGCGUCAGAAGAUCGGUUUGAUACUACUAUCCAGCUUCCUGCUGGUGAUAAAAGCGCGGGAGGUUCCCAAAGUCGAGAUAUGGGAUUUACAAGCCGCUGCGACACAUCAUCACAAGGGUCACUCACACGAGAAGGGCGGCGGCUCUGAGGAGCAUCAUCAUCAUCAUCAUCACAGCAGCGAGGAAGAGGACAAGGGGUAUGAGGGCCAUCACGACCAUAAGGAAGGAAAGAAAGGGCACCACGAUCAUGACGAUCAUCAUGGGCAUUAUGAGGAGGACGAGGGCCACAAGGGGCAUCACCACCACGGUGAGGGGUACCACGAGCACCACCACAAAGGUGACUCCGGCGAGAAAGGUCACAAGUUCCAUGAAAAGGGACACUUCGGCAAGGGCCACAGCACUCAUGGACAUCACGAGGUGAAGAAGCUCGAUGAAUUCAAGAAGGAUAAGGAGUUCCAUGAGGAGCACCAUGAUCACGGAAGCCACGAGCAUCACGACGGCGAUCAUCACGAGCAUCAUCACGAGGAAGGUGGCCAUCAUAAGAAGGGACACAAGCAUCAUGGAGGUCACGAGCAUCAUCACGGCAAGAAGGGACACCACAAGAAGGGACAUCACCACAAGGGCCACGAGGGACACAAGGAGGAGAAGGGCCAUGAGGAUCAUCAUCACCAUCAUCAUAAACACGGCAAGAAGGGGGGCCAUGAGGACCACAAAAAAUGGUCUCAUAAAAAGGGCUAA